AUGUUGUGCUGUUCAACCACAACACAACCCCCUGUUAUAUUCAACCACAACACAACCCUGUUAUAUUCAACCACAACACAACCCUGUUAUAUUCAACCACAACACAACCCUGUUAUAUUCAACCACAACACAACCCUGUUAUAUUCAACCACAACACAACCCCCUGUUAUAUUCAACCACAACACAACCCUGUUAUAUUCAACCACAACACAACCCUGUUAUAUUCAACCACAACACAACCCUGUUAUAUUCAACCACAACACAACCCUGUUAUAUUCAACCACAACCCUGUUAUAUUCAACCACAACACAACCCUGUUAUAUUCAACCACAACACAACGCCCUGUUAUAUUCAACCACAACACAACCCUGUUAUAUUCAACCACAACACAACCCUGUUAUAUUCAUCCACAACACAACCCUGUUAUAUUCAACCACAACACAACCCCCUGUUAUAUUCAACCACAACACAACCCUGUUAUAUUCAACCACAACACAACCCUGUUAUAUUCAACCACAACACAACCCUGUUAUAUUCAUCCACAACACAACCCUGUUAUAUUCAACCACAACACAACCCUGUUAUAUUCAACCACAACACAACCCUGUUAUAUUCAACCACAACACAACCCUGUUAUAUUCAACCACAACACAACCCUGUUAUAUUCAACCACAACACAACCCUGUUAUAUUCAACCACAACACAACCCUGUUAUAUUCAUCCACAACACAACCCUGUUAUAUUCAACCACAACACAACCCUGUUAUAUUCAACCACAACCCUGUUAUAUUCAACCACAACCCAACCCUGUUAUAUUCAACCACAACCCUGUUAUAUUCAACCACAACCCAACCCUGUUAUAUUCAACCACAACACAACCCUGUUAUAUUCAACCACAACACAACCCUGUUAUAUUCAACCACAACACAACCCUGUUAUAUUCAACCACAACCCAACCCUGUUAUAUUCAACCACAACCCAACCCUGUUAUAUUCAUCCACAACACAACCCUGUUAUAUUCAACCACAACCCAACCCUGUUAUAUUCAACCACAACACAACCCUGUUAUAUUCAACCACAACACAACCCUGUUAUAUUCAACCACAACCCAACCCUGUUAUAUUCAACCACAACACAACCCUGUUAUAUUCAACCACAACCCAACCCUGUUAUAUUCAACCACAACACAACCCUGUUAUAUUCAACCACAACACAACCCUGUUAUAUUCAACCACAACACAACCCUGUUAUAUUCAACCACAACCCAACCCUGUUAUAUUCAUCCACAACACAACCCUGUUAUAUUCAACCACAACCCAACCCUGUUAUAUUCAACCACAACACAACCCUGUUAUAUUCAACCACAACACAACCCUGUUAUAUUCAACCACAACACAACCCUGUUAUAUUCAUCCACAACCCUGUUAUAUUCAACCACAACCCUGUUAUAUUCAACCACAACACAACCCUGUUAUAUUCAACCACAACACAACCCUGUUAUAUUCAACCACAACACAACCCUGUUAUAUUCAACCACAACACAACCCCCUGUUAUAUUCAACCACAACACAACCCUGUUAUAUUCAUCCACAACACAACCCUGUUAUAUUCAUCCUCAACACAACCCUGUUAUAUUCAACCACAACCCAACCCUGUUAUAUUCAACCACAACACAACCCUGUUAUAUUCAACCACAACACAACCCUGUUAUAUUCAACCACAACCCUGUUAUAUUCAACCACAACACAACCCUGUUAUAUUCAACCACAACACAACCCUGUUAUAUUCAACCACAACACAACCCUGUUAUAUUCAACCACAACACAACCCUGUUAUAUUCAACCACAACACAACCCUGUUAUAUUCAACCACAACACAACCCCCUGUUAUAUUCAUCCACAACACAACCCUGUUAUAUUCAACCACAACACAACCCUGUUAUAUUCAACCACAACACAACCCUGUUAUAUUCAACCACAACACAACCCUGUUAUAUUCAACCACAACCCUGUUAUAUUCAACCACAACCCUGUUAUAUUCAACCACAACCCAACCCUGUUAUAUUCAACCACAACACAACCCUGUUAUAUUCAACCACAACACAACCCUGUUAUAUUCAUCCACAACACAACCCUGUUAUAUUCAACCACAACACAACAGGGCAACCCCAUAGCGACAGGGCAACCCCAUAGCGACAGGGCAACCCCAUAGCGACAGGGCAACCCCAUAGCGACAGGGCAACCCCAUAGCGACAGGGCAACCCCAUAGCGACAGGGCAACCCCAUAGCGACAGGGCAACCCCAUUGCGACAGGGCAACCCCAUUGCGACAAAGCAAAAACAGGUUUUUAUACAUUUUUUAAAACUGUAUUCAGACCCUUUACUCAGUACUUUGUUGAAGCACCUUUGUCAGCGAUUACAGCCUUGAGUCUUCUUGGGUAUGACGCUACAAGCUUGGCACACCUGUAUUUGGAGAGUUUCUCCCAUUCUUCUCUGCAGAUCCUCUCAAGCUCUGUCAGGUUGGAUGGGGAGCGUCGCUGCACAGAUAUUUUCAGGUCUCUCCAGAGAUGUUCGAUCGGGUUCAAGUCCAGGCUCUCGCUGAGCUCGUCAAGGACAGUCAGAGACUUGUCCCGAAGACCCUACUACGCUGUCUUGUCUGUGUGCUUAGGGUCGUUGUCCUGAAUCCACUCCUGUGUUGCCAUGGCUGUGUGCUUAGGGUCGUUGUCCUGAAUCCACUCCUGUGUUGCCGUGGCUGUGUGCUUAGGGUCGUUGUCCUGUUGGAAGGUGAACCUUCGUCCCAGUCCUGAGCGCUGUGGAGCAGGUUUUCAUCAAGUAUCUCUCUGUACUUUGCUCUGUUCAUCUUUCCCUCGAUCCUGACUAGUCUCCCAGUCCCUGCCACUGAAAAACAUCCCCACAGUAUGAUGCUGCCACCGCCAUGCUUCACUGUAAGGAUGGUGCCAGGUUUACUCCAGACAUGACGCAAGGCAUUCAGGCCAAAGAGUUCAAUCUUGGUUUCGUCAGACCAGAGAAUCUUGUUUCUCAUUUUCUCAGAGUCCUUCUGGCAAACUCAAAGUGGGCUUUCGUGUGCCUUUUACUGAAAAGUGGCUUCCGUCUGGCCUCUCUACCAUAAAGGCCUCAUUGGUGGAGUGCUGCAGAGAUGGGAGAACCUUCCAGAAGGACAAACUAUAGUUUGUUAACAGGACAUUUGUGGAUUGGUUGAAAAAUGAGUUUUAAUGACUCCAACUGUGUGUGUGUGUGUGUCUAUAUAUUACAAAAGUAUGUGGACACCCCUUAAAAUUAGUGGAUUUGUCUAUUUCAGCAACACUGUUGCUGACAGGUGUAUAAAAUCGAGCACACAGCCAUGCAAUCUCCAUAGACAAACAUUGACAGUAGAAUGACCUUCCUGAAGAGCUUUCAAUGUGGCACCUUCACAGGAUGCCACCUUUCCAACAUGUCAGUUCGUCAAAUUUCUGCCCUGCUAGAGCUGCCCUGGUCAACUGUAAGUGCUGUUAUUGUGAGGUGGAAACGAGCAACAACGGCUCAGGUGUGAAGUGGUAGACCACACAAGCUCACAGAACGGGAAAUAAUCGGUUGCAACCCUCCACUACCGAGUUCCAAACUGCCUCUGGAAGCAACAUCAGCACAAUAACUGUUCGCCGGGAGCUUCAUGAAAUGGGUUUCCGUGGCCGAGCAGCCGCACACAAGCCUCAUCACCAUGUGCAAUGCCAAGCAUCAGCUGGUAUAAAGCUCACCUCUUCUGGACUCUGGAUCAGUGGAAAUGCGUUUUCUGGGGUGAUGAAUCACGCUUCACCAUCUGGCAGUGCAACGGAUGAAUCUGGGUUUGGCGGAUGCCAGGGCAACGCUACCUGCCCCAAUGUAUAGUGUCAACUGUAAAGUUUGGUGGAGGAGGAAUAAUGGUCUGGGGCUGUUUUUCAUGGUUCAGGCCCCUUAGUUCCACUGAAGGGAAAUCUUAACACUACAGCAAACAAUGACAUUCUAGAUGAUUCUGUGCUUCCAACUUAAUGGCAACAGUUUGAGGAAGGCCCUUUCCGGUUUCAGCAUGACAAUGCCCCCAUGAACAAAGCGAGGUCCAUACAGAAAUGGUUUGUCGAGAUCGGUGUGGAAGAACUUGACUGGCCUGCACAGAACCCUGACCUCAAUGUGGAGGCUGUUAUAGCAGCAAUGUUCCAACAUCUAGUGGAAAGCCUUCCCUGAAGAGUGGAGGCUGUUAUAGCAGCAAUGUUCCUACAUCUAGUGGAAAGCCUUCCCAGUAGAGUGGAGGCUGUUAUAGCAGCAAUGUUCCAACAUCUAGUGGAAAGCCUUCCCAGAAGAGUGGAGGCUGUUAUAGCAGCAAUGUUCCAACAUCUAGUGGAAAGCCUUCCCAGAAGAGUGGAGGCUGUUAUAGCAGCAAUGUUCCAACAUCUAGUGGAAAGCCUUCCCAGAAGAGUGGAGGCUGUUAUAGCAGCAAUGUUCCAACAUCUAGUGGAAAGCCUUCCCAGAAGAGUGGAGGCUGUUAUAGCAGCAAUGUUCCAACAUCUAGUGGAAAGCCUUCCCAGAAGAGUGGAGGCUGUUAUAGCAGCAAUGUUCCAACAUCUAGUGGAAAGCCUUCCCAGAAGAGUGGAGGCUGUUAUAGCAGCAAUGUUCCAACAUCUAGUGGAAAGCCUUCCCAGAAGAGUGGAGGCUGUUAUAGCAGCAAUGUUCCAACAUCUAGUGGAAAGCCUUCCCAGAAGAGUGGAGGCUGGUAUAGCAGCAAUGUUCCAACAUCUAGUGGAAAGCCUUCCCAGAAGAGUGGAGGCUGGUAUAGCAGCAAUGUUCCAGCAUCUAGUGGAAAGCCUUCCCAGAAGAGUGGAGGGUGGUAUAGCAGCCAAGGGGGCAACCAACUCCAUAUUAAUGCCAAUGAUUUUUGGAAUGAGACGUUUGACUAGCAGGUGUCCACUUGUUUUGUGUAUACACACACACACACACACACACACACACACACACACACACAGAGUAUGUAAUGUAUAGUGUAUAUGUCAUCUCCAUAUACAGUACAUACAAUAUUGGACAUCCUCUCAGAGCUCACAGGCGUCCCCCCCCCCCCAGCGCCCAGUCCUGCACCAGUUCCUGGAUCAGUUACGCCGCACCAGUUGCUCAGUCAGGCGCCCCAUUAGACCAACCCUUCCAUCUCCUGUUAAUUGAAUGUAACAGGCCCCAGAUCAGGGCCUAGAACCAGUGGUGUCAGUUGGCUUCGUGUUCAUUGGACAAAUCUUGGAAUGUUUUUUUUUUUUUUUUUUAAAUAACUGCUGUUUUUUGUAAAAGAAAGUACAUUUUUUAAAAAAUAACUGAGGAUCACAACUACUGCAAAUGAUUUACACAAUGGAAUUGCUUUUUAAUGUAUUUCUAUAUUGUUUUUAGUUGUCAGAUGUUUCUGUCAGAAAUGAAUAAAGCAUGGUGUCAGGUGCCAAAUAAACAGACAGUAUUGGAUACAUUUAUACUGUCAAAUGAUCUGUCGAACAAAAUGUUUGUACUCCUUUGGAUUUUGUAGAUUUUGUAUUGGUGUCCUGUAUUUUAGUGAACUUGUAGUUGUUUUUUGUUAACACAAAAUUAUUAUUUUUUUGUUGGGGGGGGUCAACUUUAAAAAGCAAGAAUUAAAGCUGCAAGUUUUCUUUUGUGAA